GUCUCCAGUUGAAGGGACUUUCCGGGUUUUCACUUCGGGAGCGGAGGGGGAAGGGGUGGCCAGAUAAAAUGUAACAUUUAAAAAAAAUACACACAUACACAUACAGACAGCUAGCUGCGAGUUUCGGAUCGUAGGCGGCAUUCCCUGUACGGAUUCCCCACGUCACAGUUCCUUUGGAAAGCUACAGUUUAUAUGUCGGGGAAGCUAAAGGCAAAAAUCAAAUCGCCACCUCUCCGAGCAAAGCCAGAGCCGUCGGUGAGAUAAGAGCCACGGAACGGAUGGACACAAACGGCGAAGACGCUGUGGUUAUGGUGGAGCCGGCGCCCAGGGAGAGACAACAGGACACUCAGUGGAGACGCACUCGCCUGGCGCUCGCCUGCUGCGUGAGCUGCUGCUUGCUCCUGGCAAUGCUGAGCGCCUACCUGCUGGUCAAACAGCUGCCUGUCCAGGAGGCUGGGCCACAGAAUUCCGAAAUGAUUGCACCACCGUUGGACAUCACUGAAAAACCCAGGGCUCAUCUGACAGUUUUAGCCAAAGAACCUUCGUUUACUGAAAUCGAUGGUCAAUUUUCUGCUCUGCAGUGGGAAGAUAAGAACGGACUUGCUUUCACAGAAGGCCAGCUAAUCUAUCAGAAACCAGCGCUCAUCAUUCCGAAGAAAGGAAGUUACUUUGUUUACUCCCAGGUCUCAUUCAGAGACACUAGGAGAGGGGUUAGAAACACUACCCAUAUCACUCUUAUCAUUAGCAAGUUAACCUCAAGUUACCCUGAACCCACACUGUUACUGAGUUCCACCAGAUCUCUCUUUGGAAAUCAAAAUCAUUGGAAGGUGACCAUUUAUUUAGGAGCUAUAUUCCAGCUACAAAGCGGAGACAGGUUAGUAGUAAAUGUCAGCAGUGUGGCUCUGGUUGAUAUUACCAAUGAUUAUAAAACUUACUUUGGUGCAUUUUUACUAUGAUGACUAUGAUUGUUUAGGGAGGGGAUUUAUACCAAGAGCUGUGGGGCUACAUAUUACACCUUUCUUCAAUUUCUAUCUGUCCAAUCCAAUUUGACAGAUACUCUUUAGCUCAGUCAGAUUACCACAGAAGACAAUGUGGCCCUUAGGUGAGGUUGACUCCCUCCCUUUAAAUCAUUACAUUGUUAACAACUGGAAAGAACCCCCAAUGUUUAUAUUUUUGAAAGUGCCCAGAAUGUCAUAUUCAGUUAAAAUAAAUGACACUAAAAUUACAGCAUAAGAGGAAGAAAUUCAGUCAACAAAGUGAACAAAACAGUUAGUUUGAGAUUCUGCUACAUUACUGUAUAUUUUUCUUCUUAUAAGAAAACAUUUUUAGAUCAAUUCAUAUUUUCAAUUGAAGUUCUCAAAUUUAUGAUGUGAACUUUGUUGCUAUGCAAUAUAACAUUUUCAUAUGUAUUAUUUAUAUACUGUUAAAUGUUGGUACAACAUUAUAAUGAUGUAUAGCAUUUAAAUAUAGUGAUGCUUACAGCUGAGUACAUCAUUAUGUAAAAAUGUCUUUAAUAUUAUUAGUUAUAUAUGUUUGAGUUAAGAGAAAGACAAGGCUGAUUGAAUAUUCAACAGUCACUUCGUUUGCUGUAAAUGUUAUACAUCAUUUAUUCCUCAUUAUGAUGUACAUUUAAGCUACAGAUUGUAUGUGUUAUGUUUUAUAUUAAAACCUUUGUUAUUUACUGAAGCAUUUUACAUAUUGUAUGAUGAUGUCAAAUACAUAUGUGUAUUGUAGAAAUUCUUUGGAAUGAUUAUCUUUUAUUGUAUUGAAUCUCAAUCAAGAUUCCUAAUUUUUAAACUAGAUUGUAGGAUGUAUAUUCAUUCAAAUAGCAGUAAUUUCAAGUAUAUGUUAUUCACAUAGUUCAAGGAAUUUACCCAGCAAUUAGUCAUGUCACACAAAUCAGGAAGAUCCCACAUUUGACAAUCCAAUGUAGCUUUAGCAGCUGUCAUGGCCCAGGUCAAUUUGGGGGAUUGAGUGGAAUCACUCCAAGAUCUGAUUUUUCCAAUUAGGAAUACAUAUGCUGUGAACAUUGGAUAAGAUUAAGAUCAAGUGAAAUUGUGCAGUUCCCACAGUUAAGUAACCCGCAAACACAUUGAUGUGAAUAAUAGUAACUGGAUAUGGAGGAUGCCUCUAAUUGUUCUGUCAUCUAACAAGGCAUGAAUCCUUUAACAGGAAGGGAAACAAUGUAAGAAAAAAUAGAUUUUACCUUUCAUUUAAUACCAUACUUUAUUUCUGAUUGCUAAUUGUAGUGAUUUAAUGUCUAAUUAAGAAAAUUAAUUUUUCAUUGAAUGAAGUUUAAAAUCAA